AUGGGUAGCCGAAACAUGAAGCGACCUGAGAAGUUGCCUGAGCUCAGGCACGCGAGCCGGGAAGCACCGCCAAGGAAGUGGCAAGCGCAAGUAACCGGAUGCAACAUUAGAGUGAUCAGCUCCAAGCUCAUCUCGCGUGUCUCCUCCACCGUCGCCUGCCUCAUCAUCCUGUCCGUCCAGGUGCUGCCUCUGCCGGGCACGUUUUCAUACCCUACGCAGGACUUUUCCAUCCAGAUGUGGACGGAACACCUCAGCAGGUCUAUAGAGGAGUCAACCGACCCGGAAAAGAUUUCUGAGAUCGUGAACCAAUUCCGAGCCUUCUAUGAUCGGACGGCCUACAAGCCCUACGUCUUCCUCAACGGCACUCAGGUUCUUUGGGAAUCACGUGGGCCGCUGCAGCCGGAUCGCAGCGUCAGGAUCCAGGAUGGUGCUGUCUCGGUGCUCUUCGACUUCACCACGCAAGUGCAAGUGGAGGCAGCUCUGAACAUGAGCAUCAUCACCAUCACCAUCAUCUUGAUGCUGCUUUUCUCGCUCCUGAUCUCUCGAGCUAUCGCCCGGCACGCGCUCGCGCCACUGGAGACAAUGCUUCUGAAAGUCAGGAAAAUUGGCCGGCUGAUCUGGCUGCAAGUGGAGUCCAUCCACACGCUGCUCAGCAACUCGAAACAGAACCAGAACAAGAACGAUGAGAAAGAGGAGGGAGACGAAACAGUGCUGUUGAAGGAGGUGCUGGGCAGGAUCUCCCUCCUCAGCGCGUUAAAGCUCAUCCGCCCAGACGAGGAUGCCCAGGCCGUCGUCUUCCUCGGCACCGGCGUCGCUUCUGAGACUGUGAGGCCGAGCAACACGCUGACGAUGCAGCAUAGGGAGAUGAUCCAAUCGCGCCUGCAGACCGUCGUCCACGAAGACUUAUCCGACCUAGAGGUCGAAAACUUGACAAGCUGGAGGUUCAAUCCUUUGGACUUAGAGACAACGACGACCUGCUUUGUUUGCGCAAAGCUGCUAUCGACCUACAUGCCAAGCGCCAUCAAAGCAAAUGGCGUCACUGAGACUGAAAUCUCAGCCUUCAUCGCCACCGUCGAAGAGGGCUACCUCAAGAGCGUUCCGUACCACAACUGGAGCCACGCAGUGGACGUGAUGCACUCAGCCUACGUGCUGUUGCAAGAUCUCCGCGAGGCGUUCUCACGGACUGAGAGGUAUGCGUUGCUCAUUUGUGCCGUGGUUCAUGACAUCCAGCACCCGGGUGUCAGCAAUGAGUUCCUGGUCCAGACACACCACGACCUGGCCAUGAGAUACAAUGACAAUGCGCCUCUGGAAAGCAUGCACUGCGCGAGGCUUUUCGAGAUAUUGGCGGACCCGAGCACCAACGUUUGGGGAGUUCUGGAAGAUGGCCCGCGGAAGGAUAUCCGCAAGAUGUGCAUCGAGGCGAUCUUGCACACAGACAACAGCUGCCAUUUCAACGUCGUCAAGGCUUGUCAGAUGAUACAUGAAGUCCACGACGAGGUCUUCUCCAACGUCCUGUCCACGCACGGCUCCGUUGAGGAUCAUAAGGAGUCCUGGCCUUCGCCGGAAGUCUUGGAGAUCUUAGGGGAGAAGGAGACCCACGACACCCUCAGGAACAUGCUGCUCCACUUCGCAGACAUAUCCAACUCUAUGAAGCCGUUCGCAGUGGCCAGACCCUGGGCACUGCUGGUGCUGGAGGAGUUCUUUGCGCAAGGGGAGAAGAUGACAGAGCUUGGACUGCCAGUGCCGGCACUCAACGACCGUCAGAAGACGAACAGGCCGACCUCGCAGAUUGGGUUCAUCGAGUUCAUCGUGUCUCCGCUGGUCUUCACGAUAGUGAAGAUACUCCCACCGCUGGGCUACACGGAGCAGGCAAUGUGGGGCAACGUGAAGUCAUGGUUCGAAGAGUGGGCAUCUACGGCUAAUCCUUCCAAAAGCGAGUUCCAGCAGAUGGCUACCCGCAUCACGAGCUUGUACGAGAAGGUGACUUUUGCUAAGUAG